GGGCGGGGGGAUGGGGUUGCUCCAGCAUCCCCAGCAACCCCACUUCCCAGAGCCAUGUACCCACCCCUCGACCGAUAGAUAGACCAGAUGAAUGCCUCUACAUAGAGCAGUAAGCAUGGUAAGGGCAAGGAGAUAUCACCUCUCCUUGGUUUCGAUGCGUUGAUCCGUGUUUGGCUUUCCAUGCUGUCUCGACCGAGCGCGACCAAAACAGUUGCGAUUAGACACUUCUGAGGGAUCGCUUCACUGUACUUAUAUUGAGAAGUGAAAGUAUCGACCUUAAUCAUCGUUAUCAUGUGAUUAGUGAGAAGAUAGGGGCAAUGAGUGCUGGAUUUUCUGUCAAGGUUCCUGCCUGCGUUGUAGAGACAUGUUACGAGCAUGAAGGCGUCAUCGUACCUAACAUUAUGCCUCUGAAGGCCCUCAAACGACUGAGGAACUUCGCCGUACGACCCGAUGACCUGUUUAUCGUGACGUAUCCUAAAUCAGGAACAACCUGGGCCGAGCAGGUGAUGAUGCUGAUAAGAUAUAAUGGAAAUUUGAACAAACUAGAAGGAAAACAUAUCAUGAAAUUGAUCCCCUUUCUUGAACACGUAAAAGACAUCGCAAACCCAUCCACAUCGGCCUUACAGAUCGACCGUGCUGAACGAUUAAAAUCACCUAGGAUACUCAAGUCUCAUUGCCAUCCGCCCUUCUUGCCACUCGAUAUAAGCACCGAUGACCCCAAAGCCAAGGUGCUCUACGUAGCUCGGAACCCCAAGGAUACGGCUGUUUCAUUUUACCAUUUCUGUCACUAUGUUGGUCCGAUGCCCUCCUACGAAUCCUGGGAUGUUUUCUUUGAAGAAUUUAUCACAGGCAGAACUCCCCAAGGAUCUUGGUUUGAAAACGUGUUACCAUGGUGGAGGAGAAGAAAUCAUCCUAAUGUUUUGUUUCUAAAGUACGAAGAUAUGAUCAAGGAUUUGCCAACUGCAGUGAGGCAGAUAGCCCAUUUUAUGGGGAAGUCACUUUCGGAUGACGUCAUCAAACAAAUCUCGAGAGCAUCGACGUUCGAGGCCAUGAAGAGCAACCCAUCCGCAAACCCCGACAGUAUUAUAUCACCAACUAUUCAUAGGGAAAAUAACCAAUCAUUUAUGAGGAAAGGGAUAAUCGGAGACUGGAAGAAUUACUUCACUGCCGAUCAGAACAGGAGGUUCGAUGAGCUGUACCAGAAGAAACUGUCUAGUACUGGACUGGUGAUGCAAUUCGAAGCCAAAGCCCCCUUCAUCCCAUCGUUAUACUGAACAUUAUUUUUUCUGUUAACCCAUCGCCUAUAUACUGAAACUGGAUGAUCUCUAUACAAAAUCCUUGUGUGAAUGACAGGAUCCGGUAUUCUAUGGGUUAAAUCGAGAAUGGCAGUAUUGAAAAAGACAUCUCGGUGUGAUAUAAGGUCUAAAACUUGAGCGGCAACUGAUUGCAUAGAAACCUCUGAUUCAAGAAAGGGAAGAGAGUUGCACCAAAUAACCAAGUGAAGAAUCCGAAUGUCGCAAAAGCCCAAAGAAUUGUUUGAAGGACAUCGAAUCGUAUGUCGUAAAUUUCCAAGACUUUGUAUAUGAACCUAUAUAGUUCAUGAAACUUGUACAUAAGGGUAAUCAAGUAUUACUGAACAUCCUGCCUGAGCAAGUCACUCGACCAAGCUCAAAGGUCAUCGGUCGAGUUAUUGGUAUUUGUUGAAUUGUCUUCAUAACGUUUCAUUGGAUCUAGUUCAUGGAACUUGGAAAUAAGAGCAAUCAAGUAUUACAGAAUGUCAUAUGCGAGUUUCAGGUCACAUGACAAAGGUUAAAUGUAAUAUAGGGUUAUUGAACUUUGGUCAUGUUGGGAUCGAGUAUUUGUUGCAUUGCUAUCACCUUGAAAGUUUAUGGAUCUACUGUAGUUCAUGAAACUGAGACAUAAGAGUAAAUAAAGUAUCAUUGAAUAUCCUGCCUGAGUUUUAGGUAACAUGACCAAGGUCAACGGUCAUUCAAGGUCUGUUCAAUAGUCGUUUUCAAAGUCAGCACUGCAGCUGUAUUGUAUCGCAUAAUGCAUGCGAGAUGGCCAGAGGCUUUCCACUUAGUUUUGUAGUGACUUUGAUUUUCAAGUAUAAGAAAAACAUAGGAGAAAAGGCAGAUUUUAUAUAAAAUUUGGGAGUAUGUGCCUUGUAUAAUUGAUAAUACCCUAUAUUUCAAUAAAUCGAGAAAAUAAACAUGAAAUCACCUUUAGAAUAUGACGUCACAUUUAUUUGCCCCCAUCAAAAUAUUCGGAUUCCGCCCUUGUUUAGUUUGUUCGAAAAUGUUUUUUUAUGUCAUAUCGUGUAACCCAAACUGUGUCAUAUUUUUGACAGACCAUGUGAUGGUUAAAUAUGAUAUGUUGGCAGCUAAUGUGAAUGUAUGUAAAAGAAAAAAUGUGAUAAUAUUGUGAAUAUAAAAAAAUAAAGUAGAAAUAUAGAUGAACGAAUUAAA